AUGGGUUUUUCGGAUAUUUUGGACGACAUUGGUGGGUUUGGACGUUUUCAAUGGAUUCACGUAACUUUAUUGUCUUUGCCUGGACUGCUUAUGGCAAGUCAGAAUCUGCUGAACAACUUCACAGCGGGCAUUCCUGCACAUCACUGCGCAAUACCAAACAUCACCAAGCGCGCAAUUUACCAAAAUGUGACGGUCGAGCACUUAAGUACAAAUCAACUUCUUCGCGCAUUUAUUCCACAAGAGUCAUCCAAGUUCACAAAGUGUAAAAGAUAUGUGGAGCCGCAGUGGCAUCUGACGGGUAACCUGACGGGAGUCAAUAUAACGGGUCUUGAGACGGAGUCAUGCGAAGAUGGAUGGACAUAUGAGAAGGGUGAAUUUAUCAACACAAUAGUAUCAGAGUGGGACCUGGUUUGCAAGCUGCGGCCCCUGAAACAGAUGAGCCAAACCAUUUACAUGGGGGGUGUGCUGUCAGGUGCAAUCAUAUUCGGAGGCCUUUCAGACAGGUUUGGGCGGAAGACCAUCCUGAUCUGGUCCUAUUUCCAGCUGGCGGUGCUGGGCACAUUUGCGUCCCUGGCGCCCUCCUACCUGGCCUACUGCACCUUCCGCUUCCUCUCAGGCAUGGCUGUGUCCGGCAUCAUCCUCAACUCCGUCUCCCUCAAGGUGGAGUGGAUCCCGACUAAGGCGCGGACCCUGGUGGGGACGCUGUCCUCCUUCUUCUUCACCUUCGGCCAGAUGGUGCUGGCCGGCAUCGCCUACAGCCUGAAGGACUGGAGGAAGCUGCACGUGGCCGUCUGCGCCCCAUACUUCCUCUUCGCCAUCUACAGCUGGUGGUACUCGGAGUCUGCUCGAUGGUUGGUGCUGAACGGCAGGUCUGCGGACGCUCUGAAACAGAUCCACCGAGUGGCCCGUAUGAACGGCAAGCCAGAGAUGGUGGACAAGCUCACUCUUGAGGUUUUGGAGUCUCACAUGAAGAGAGAGUUGGAGUCCAGUAAGAACACCUACACGGCCUAUGACCUGCUACGCAGACCAGUCAUGAGACGCAUAUCCAUAUGCCUCCUGGUCCUCUGGUUUUCUACGAGUUUUGCCUACUAUGGCCUUGCCAUGGAUAUGCAGAAGUUUGGCGUGAGCAUCUACACCAUGCAGUUGAUCUUCGGCGCGGUGGACAUCCCCGCCAAGCUGAUGGCCCUGUUCCUGCUCAGCUACCUGGGACGCCGCAUCACCCAGUCCAUCUGCCUCGUCAUGUCCGCCAUCUUCAUCUUCGCCAACAUCUUCAUCUCUACAGAGUACCAGACUGUUCGGACCGUCUUGGCUGUUCUGGGGAAGGGCUUCACCUCCUCCUCCUUCACCUGUGUCUACCUCUUCACUGGGGAGCUGUAUCCCACCGUCAUCAGACAGACGGGUCUGGGCUUCACCUCCACCAUGUCCCGUAUCGGCUCCAUGGCGGCCCCUGCUGUCCUGAUCCUGGAUGAGGUGUGGCCCUCCCUGCCCAGCAUCGUCUACGGAGGGGCUGCGCUCAUCGCAGGGGUCUUCGCCCUCUUCCUGCCCGAGACGCUCAACGUGCCUCUCCCUGAAACUGUGGAUGAUGUAGAAGAGAAAUGGUCAAAGACGCCACAAGUGCAGAAACAGACGGAGAAGGAGAAGGAAAACAUGGCCCUCAAAGACGUGAAGGACGGAGUGGAAGAAUACGAGGAUGGAAAGACUUCUGGUCUCAAUGCUUUAUGAGUACCAAACGUGAACAGACUGACUGACCCCUGUACUGUAUAGGUGCAAUGGAGCUAAAUCAGAGUUCCUCAAUGCUUGCAGGUGCCCUUUAUCCAACGACAGGGCUGGACUGGUGAUCUGGCAUACAGGGCAUUUCCCCAGUGUGCCGACGGUCCUCAUGAUCCGAUCCUGUUGGAAUUUGUAUGUAUUUUCUUAGAGACUGGCCCACAAUUAAGAAGGGGCCAGGCAAAAUGUUGAACAUUUCUACAUCCUACAUGUCUACAUUGGUCCCAGUCCAGUCCUGCCCCAGAGGUAAUGUAGAAAGCCAACCGGAAGAGGAUGUGAAGAAAGCUUUAUUGUAUCUGGAUUUUACUUUACUGUACAUAGGUCAAACCAUACACUUUAGAUUGGGUUAUUACUAUUCACGAGUCAUGGACUGCUGGACAGACUAUAAACCUAUAAGGAACUGAUUUAUUAUGAGGACUAAUACCACUGUGCCUUUUUAAACGUUGUCGUAGUAGAUAACAGCAUAUUUGCUGUUAAAAUCUCUGACCAUUUUUUUAUCAGCCUACUGUCAGUAUGGAUUUUGUGAUUUUUAACUUGUACCUUGCAUGCUUACGCCAUCAAAUGUAAACUAGAUUGAAGGUGAAUUUUACAAUUUUGUCAAGUUGGCCUGUAUCCUGCUGUGGGUUUAAUAAUAAAAAAAGUUUCUUCUGCCA